GGGAAGUGACGUCACGGCUGGAGCAGCCUGGGAACCGCUGUCGGGACGCGGGCGAGCAUGUCGGCUCUGACCCGGCUGGCGCCGUCUGUUCGCGCAGGAGGUCGCCUCUUCAGAGGCUGCCGCGAGCGGAUGGCUAGAGGAGGUGGAGUCCGUCAUGCUGGCGGUGGUGUGCAUAUCGAGCCCCGGUAUAGACAGUUUCCCGAGCUGACCAGAUCCCAGGUGAUCAAGGCUGAGUUCUUCAGUGCAACCAUGUGGUUCUGGAUUCUCUGGCGCUUUUGGCAUGACUCAGAUGCUGUGCUGGGUCAUUUUCCAUACCCAGAUCCUUCCCAGUGGACAGAUGAAGAAUUAGGUAUCCCUCCUGAUGAUGAAGACUGAAAGUGUAGACUCUUUGCAAGAGCCAAGUGAGAAUUUCAAGAAAUUACGGACUUCAUGUUGUACAUUAAAGUUAUAAAUUAAAGUGGUUUGGUCAAGAAUGAG